AUGCGUGCAUGAACAACAUAUUAACUUCGACGUCAUGCCGAAAAGUUGUCAGGUAACAACUAUUCUGUGCAAUACACGUGACAUAGAAACGAUGAUGGCAGCCUGUCUACGUCAAUGAUGUCAUUUGACCUCCAUAUCUCGUUCUUUAUCAGAAAAGGACAAAUUCCCCUUCAAAGAAACCGGAAUCAGAUGCUUAAUAAAUACCGGCGAGGCUAACAAACCCCCAUCACAGUCAAUUUUACUAUCAGACCGAGAUGAUCCAUCUAACUUUAGCGUUGAUUCUGCUCUGGAGAGCCAUGGUCAUUCGGGCAUUUCCAUCAUUCGAUAUGGAUCGCGAAAGAGAAUUAAAUAUCCUGAAAGAAAAGAUCCUUACGGAUUUAGGACUUAGUCGAUUACCAGAUAUGAAUAAAGUCAACAUUACUAAGGAGCAGAUUGAGAAAAUGAAAUUGGCAUACGAGAGAAGUGUGAAGGAGAGCGAACAGGAGGAACGAAUUCGGAAAGUUGAGGAUCCUCAGCAGCAUUUCUAUAGCUUCAAAGAUAACGCUUCAAAGAUCAAUUUCACCAACAAGUAUCAUCUCUUUUUCCCUAUGAACUUCAGAGGGCAAAGUGCCAUUAAAGGUGCUUCAUUGCAUUCGGCUAAGUUAUAUAUUUACAAACAUAAAGUACCUUGGUAUCAGUUAUCGACUACAGCCACAGUUAAAUUGUAUCAAGUUAUGAAGCCAUAUAAUAAAUACUCUGCAGAGACGAUCUUACUUGAAAUCCGGAAUGUAGUGUUUGAUGUGGAUGGAUGGGAAGUAUUCGAUAUUUCAGAAAGUGUUUCCACUUGGUUAGAGAAGCCUUCGAGAAAUUUCGGUCUGGAAGUGGAAUGCGAAGAUUGUCAAGAUCGCAAUAAGAUAUUAAUCAUGGCUGACACCGUAACAAAAGAAGACACCGACAAACGUUCCUAUUUGGAUAUGUGGAUCACGGAAUCGCCAUCAAGAUCCAAACGUUCUAAAGCUCUAGAAAAUAAAUUCCAAUCAUCCGUUCUAGAUUGCACCGAAGGACACAAGACUGAUUUAUGUUGUAAGCAUUCCAUGUGGGUUUCUUUUGCUGAAAUCGGCUGGGAAUGGAUCAUGAAACCUGCAGGAUUCGAAGCCUUCUACUGCAAAGGAAGAUGCCCACACGAUUAUAAUAAUUACGCGAGUACACACGCGUUAAUUCAGAGCAUAUUUAAUUAUCAUCGAAGUCAAGAUAUACCGGCUCCGUGUUGUGUGCCCAAACGUUUGAAACCGUUAAACCUGCUCCACUUCAACGAUAAAGAUCCACCAGAACUCAUCAUCACCAAGCAAAUGGGUAUGAUCGUACAAGAAUGUGCAUGCUCGUAAAUAUUCAAGAAACCAUUGAAAGCUGUGAUAUAAUGAACAGAACGUGUGAAAAAUCAUGUUUACGAAGUGAGCAGACUAAAAAUCGCAAUGCAAUCUCGUAUGUGAAGGAUUGUGUGCUUAAAGAUACAUAUGUAUAGAUAUAUAUACACAUAUAUAUAUAUUUUUAUAUACUUUUAUAAGUUAAAUAUGUGUAAGUGUUCGUCUUAUAUAUGGCUUGGAACUCAUAGCGAUACUUUUUUUACCACAUAGAACUGAAUUUAAAUUGCAUUUAAGAAUCGCUAUAAUGUAAUCCAAUGUUUAAAAUAAAGCUAU